GUGUGUGUGUCACCUUCAAAGAGGUCCGGGUGGAUCAUAAUUUUUGUUUUUUUCCUUUUUAUCCGUGACGGCAAGAUGGACGGAGCUCCUGAAAGGGGCGGAGGACUCCGCUGCACGCUGGAAUUUGCUGUCGAGAUGACUUGUCAAAAUUGCGUGGAGGCGGUUCAGAAAACACUGCAAAAGACACCAGGGCUCCGCAUAGUUGACAUCCAGCUGGAUUCCCAAACUGUCCUGGUGGAGACAAGUCUUGGUACUGAAGAAGUCCAGAACCUUUUAGAAACUACGGGGCUCAAGGCUGUGCUGAAAGGAAUGGGAAGUAAUGUUCCAGGAUUGCUGGGCACUGCCGCCGUGGCCAUGGUGUCCGGCCGUGGCCUGAUCCAAGGCGUUGUGAGGUUCCUGCAAGUCUCACCCGAAAAGUGCCUCGUGGACGGCACAGUCGAUGGUCUUCAGCCAGGGCUGCACGGGCUUCACGUCCAUGAAUUUGGAGACCUCAGCCAGACUUGUGACAGUUGCGGAGACCAUUUCAAUCCCCAAGGGGAAUGCCACGGAGGCCCCCAGGAUCUGCACAGGCACGCAGGCGAUCUUGGGAACAUCUUGGCCACUGCUGAUGGAAGAGCAACCUUUCGUAUGGAAGAUCCUCAGCUGAAGGUGGACGAUAUAAUCGGCCGUUCCUUGGUGAUAGACGAAGGGGAGGAUGACUUGGGCCGCGGGAAUCACCCUCUGUCAAAAAUCUCGGGAAAUUCCGGGGAGAGAGUGGCCUGUGGAAUCAUUGCUCGCUCAUCCGGCCUCUUCCAGAACCCGAAGAAAAUAUGCACCUGCAGCGGAAUGACUCUUUGGGAAGAGCGGGAAAGGUCAGGGAGCAGGCUAGGCCAGGCCCCUCCCCAACAACCCACUCCUCAUCUGUAAGGACGUGGACUUCCACUUUUGCUCCCCUCGGGCUGGAGUUUGCACAGGGGGCUCGCCCGAUUCUCUUAAGGCGCGGAGCUCUCACUUGGCCUCUGGGAAAUGACCCCAAACAAGGCAGGUUCUUGCGUGUGUGUGUGUGUGUGUGUUUGUGUGUCUGGAGAGAGAGAGAGACACACACAAACAUACAAAUCGGCUUUUUGCUGGCAGGGGAAAAGAUCAUUACUGCACUUGGCAGGGUUUUUUGCCCUCUCCCCAAACCUCUGAACAUUCCAAUAAAGCAGGGGUCUCCAACGUUGGUCCCUUUAAGACUUGUGGAUUUCAACUCCCAGAGUCCCUCAGCCAGCAAAGCCAUUUUCGUUUAACACUGGAAAUUUGGAGCUCAGUUUUGGUCACAAGGCGAGGACUACCUGUACUGCAAAAUCAUUGUGUAUUAGGGUGGGCUUGGGAGUGGAUUUUUCACGUGAGGGUUCUGUCUGGGACAGUGGUGCAAUUUGAACUGCGCCUCUGUUCUUUUCAUUUCUUUGACCAUCCAUUAAACGAUAUAAUCUUCUUAAGCA